AAACUCGCGCGUUAAGCUUGGAAGAGAAAAGGGUUUGGUUAGGUCGUGAUUUCGCACAGAUUCAAAUUCUCUGCGAUCUGACACCAUCCACGAUCGUCGUUUUCAGAUUCUCCUAUUCCCAAUUCUGUUUGGUCUCUAUCAAUUUUUUUAAUAAAGUUUGGGAUUUGAGGGUUUUGGGCGAUGAAUGUGGGUGACCUCAACAAAGUUUGGGAAAUCAGAGCACUGAAGAGGAAACCCGCGGCAGAUGAAGCCACCAAAAUGUUGGAGAAGAUCGCCAAACAGGUCCAACCCAUCAUGCGCAAACACAAAUGGAGGGUCAAGCUUCUCUCUGAAUUUUGCCCGGGCAACCCGCGUCUUCUGGGGUUGAACGUUGGAGCUGGUAUACAUGUGAAGUUGCGGCUACGGAGACCAAACAGGGAUUAUGAUUUUUACCCGUUUGAUCAAGUGCUAGAUACGAUGCUUCACGAGCUUUGCCAUAAUGCCCAUGGUCCUCAUAAUGCCAACUUCUACAAGCUCUGGGAUGAGCUUAGAAAGGAAUGUGAAGAGUUGAUGGCUAAGGGAAUAACUGGCGCAGGAGAAGGGUUUGAUCUUCCAGGAAGGCGUUUAGGUGGCUAUUCUCGGCAACCUCCACUUACCUCCCUCCGCAAAACAGCGCUGGAAGCUGCUGAAAAGAGAGCACAACUGGGAUCUCUUCUUCCAUCUGGACCAAAACGCCUAGGUGGUGAUAGUGUUAUAAUGGAGGCACUUACUCCUGUACAAGCUGCUGCAAUGGCUGCAGAAAGGAGAUUACAGGAUGAUCUAUGGUGUGGUUCUCAAUCUUGUGAAAAUGUGGAUCACAGGGAUGUUGAUGAUGAAGUUGAUGAGAACAUUGUGCAUAAGGGGAAAGAUGUGGGAAACUCAAGACUAGCAGAUAAUUCCACUCUACCUUCGAAUCUGUCAUCUCGAAAAAGAAGUCAGGCUAUGGAUUCAAGUUUACCUGUUAACUCAUCAUCUAGUGCUGCUGAAUUUGUAGAUUUGACUAUGGAUUCAGCGAAAAUUAGAUCUGUCAUGGAGCAUCAAACUGGAUCUAAACGAAGAUGCUGUGAAUCUGAAAGCAUUCCACAUUCUCAAUCCAAUUCUCCCGCAGCAUCUACUUCAGCAAAUUUGUCAAGUGUGUCUGGGCCACUAUCUGGUGAUAAUAGAACAUUUCGUUCUGAAGAAUCUGGAAUGUGGGAGUGUACGAUGUGCACUCUUUUGAAUAAAAGUUUGGCUCCUAUAUGUGAAUUGUGUGGCACGCAACAGCCAAAAGAUGUUAGUACCAAAUACAACACCUGGUCUUGCAAAUUCUGUACGUUGGAAAAUAAUGUGAAGGUGGAGAAUUGUUCAGCCUGUGAUCAGUGGAGAUACUCUCAUGGCCCUCCAGUAUCAACCAGGACACCUAGCCUUGGUACUUAGCUGAACUGUGUACUUUGCUUAAUGAGUCAGUGUUGAUUCAUUUUUGACUGUAGUAUUUGGAAAAUUGCAUUACUUUCUCCACCUAUUUAAUUAUGGUUGAUUAUUCAUUUUUC